AUGUCUGCACGUGGAAGCCUCGCCAUGCCGGCGCUGGACGACGACGACGACGCCGCCGCCGGGGACGUCGUCAAGGUGCACUACCGGUUCUCACUUCUCCGUCAUGGCGGUCCGCCGCGUCGUCGACUCGCUCUCCCCGGAGGAGGAGGAGUGGUCCGAUCCAUCGGGUUCGGGGGCCUGCUCCACCUCACCCGCUACGGCAGGCUGGACCGCCAUUUCUCCGCGUGGCUCGUCAACCAGCUGGUGGCCGCGGCCCCGGCGCCGGGCGCGCCCGCAGCGCCCGUGUUCCUGAUGGCCGACGGCGCGGGCGCGGAUGUCCCGAUCACGGCGCGCGACGCGCACGAGGUCCUGGGCGUCCCCGCCGGCGAGCGGCCGGUCGGGCGCGACCCCGCGGACGCGGACACGGCCGCCGUCCGCCGCGCGCUCGGCAACAUGCAGCCGACGCUGCUGGUCGCCGAGGCCGUCCUGGGCCAGAGGAAGGCGCGGCCGAUGACGCAGCCCGAGCGGGACUCCUUCGUGGUCGCCUUCGUCCUCUUCGUGGUGGGGCACUUCCUCGCCCCGCCGUCGGCGGGCCGGCGCGAGAAGGUGAACGCCGAGAUAUUCCACGCGCUCGUCGACCCGUCGCCGUCGGAGGUGCGCCGCUUCAACUGGGCCGAGUACGUCCUGCACGAGCUCCGCCACUGCGCCGUCCGCGCCCGGCAGCAGGUCGCCGACGGGUGCCCCAAGAUCCUGCUCUCCGGCUGCCUCCUUUUCCUCCAGAUUCUGUACUUGGACCGAUUGGAUUUGGCGGCGGUCGGAUGCGGGGAGCCCCGUCGGCGUGAGGUGCAGCCCCGCGUGGCCGCCUUCUGCAACGACACUCUUCAUCAGCUCAUCGAGCUCGACCGGAAACCUGAAUGGCGUGAGGGUGGCCUCAAGCAGUUUGGCAAGCUCAAGUUCGUUGUGGCUCGACCGGCACAAAACAUUGACUCGGGGAGCAGCUCCAAGGGGCUUCAACCAUGCCGCAACUCCUUUGAUUCAGCACAGCAUGAGAAUACAAAUAUGGACAAGAUUAUGGAUGAAUUCGAAUGCUUCAAGCUUUUUAUGAAGAUGGAGAACCGUAGUGGACUGCUCAGUAAACUUCUGAAUGACAGCACAGGCAGUGCAGGUAGUAAUAAAGGGGCACAACAUCAACCAUUUUCUGAGCAGUUUUUUCCAGGGAGCAAUGCAUCAGGCCAACGUGAAAAUGGUCCUUUGGACCUGAAUUUGACGCCAAGAAGGCUUGUUGACUCAAAUAUCCUCAACCCUGUUCGAUGCAAUGUUGAAACAGAUGCUGCCGAAGGUAAUCACCCAGACACUAUGGGCUUCGAUGCUGGAUUGCUGGCAACUCUGCUCCCUGGGUAGUAUCAAAGUCAAACAACAAGGAGAUAUGUGCGAAUCUGGGGCCAAAAUCUCAAUGUGAAGUUCCAUCAAAGAAACGAACUCGACUGGAGUUUUCUACUAGUGAAGGAACCAAAUGUGCAUCAGACCAUGAUGUGAUACAGGCAGCUUCACCCUCAGCAAGACAGCCCACUGUUCACGGGACAUCAUGCCAAACAUAUUCGGACAAUCCCAAAGAUCUCUUUGUCAUUGGCACUGCUACUUUUGAGUCUGAAGCGCGGUGUGCUCCGAGCAGCAAGAGUAUGAAACUAAUGACAAAUGACCAUUUCGGACGCUCACCCUUUGACAUGAAGCUGAUCCACCCACAACCACCCCGGAAAGAUGCAGAAGCAUGCUUCAAGUGGCUAGUAGCAUGCAGCAGUGCCGAUGAUCAGCUCAAUUGGGCAUGGGUCGUCCACGAGGAACCUACAUCCAUCAGAGUAGCUGGAGCGAGAAUGAAGCCCCAGAUGAUUUGUGGUGGAGAACUAAAAGCAGACGUGUGCAAUCUAGUGACGCGUUUGUACAGCCAGCUGGAUGACCAGGUUUAUGUAAAUAAUGGUACUAGAGACCCAAGAUGGCGUCAUUUCCUUCCGGCAGAUUGGGCUUUACUAGCCCUGCAGCAUGGCAGCAAUAUCUGCAAGUCAUCACCAGCAGUAGUAUCAAUGUUUUCCGGUUCACACAUCACAUAUGACGUGGAGCUCUGCAGGAUGGUUAUUGCACCAGUAGAGCUGGAGGGUGCAUGGUCCUGCUAUGUGUGGGACUUCAUGGAGAAGAAGCUCAGCAUCCUUGACCCGCUCUUGAGCCGCUAUGGCGGCAAUGAGCCUGUGAUAAGGAUCAAGCACUCUAGAGCGGCACCGCUUCUCCUCGACGCCCUCCUUGCCUGCAGAUCGCAGUAUUGUAACUCCCGUGGCUACGGCGACCAGGAGCUGAACCUCAACAGCUGGGCCACAAAAAUCCUUGGGAAUUUUGGAGGAACACGCACGUUCCACAAGCAUAACACGGGCAUGUACACGCUGUUCUACGCCAGAGAAUUCGACGGCAAGGAUCUUCACCAGAAAGCAGGUGUGAGAACGAUCCAAUACCUUCGCCGCGACCUGCUAUAUCAGCUCCUCACCAUGCGUGGCAACAUUGGCCGCCGUAUCAUUAGUUGCCCAGUCACAGCGCCAUGAAUCGGACAGCUAUGUACUCUGUAGUUGCGAGUAUAGUUUUUUUUCGCGACCGUGCCUGAGCACGUAUUUCAUUAAAAGAAAGAGUUGCGAGUAUAUUCUAUGAUGUCACUGCAUUAUUCCCUAAGCCGACGACCUGAGUUGUUUUGUGUUAAACAGAAAAUACGUGUAUUCCUAUCCAUCCUUCUUUCACUGUUAGAAGCGUUAUAGGUUUUGAGCAGUAGUCCUGUGAAGUGAUCACCGAAUCUGUAUCUAAGGUUUUCAAUAACAUGCCUAAGUCCAUUCUCAA